AUGGAACAACAAACACCUCAAGAGUUCAUCCUCGAGGCUUUUGCCGACCCAGCUUCCGUCCGUGAUGUAGUAAGAGGAAUUUUACAUACAAUCUUCUUCCACCGGUUCUUCCCGUCGCUGCUGCCGCGCUCGCGCGAAGUCCUCGAUAUCACGCUACCGUACGUCGAAGAUGCCGAACUAGAUACCAUGAUCGAGAAGCGUGCCGCUGAGCUCGCGCGCGAACUCGAUGCCGAACGAACACAUUCGCACACGCAUUCUCACCGCAGCGCUGGCGGCCGCGGUAACAUCUCGGUCCAGUUCUUCGAGAAGAAGCGCCGCAAGACAUGGUAUCUUCCCUACGGUGGCGGCGACGAGGAAGUUUGCUGGGAGUCUUGGACAGUCAAAGUUACCGUAGCAGAACCUCGCACAGAGAGCGAACGCGCCAAAGUCCGCAAAGCCAUGGAGCAAACCCUCCUAACAAGCGUCAUGAAGAUCGUAACCAGCGUCAACACCCACAAAGACCACAUCCCACCCAUAACUACCAGCGAAGCCAACCCCUUCCCCUACCAAAUCAACGUGAACCAAAAGGACGCAGGCUGGGCCACCCGAAUUGGCAUAUACUAG